AUGGCGGCGGCGGGCGGUGGCGGCCGGGGCAGCGUGGGCCUGGGCCCGUCCCCGGAAACCCCUCCGAGCGAGGAGGCGCCCAUCGCCGCGGCCCCCGCGGACCGCCCCGCUGCUCCCGCCGGACCCGAGCCGCGGAGGAAGCGCAGGCGAGUGCGGGGCCGCAGCCCCGGCAGGGUCCGGCCGGAGCCCGUCCGGCCACUCCCGGCGGCGCCUCCCGCUGCCUCACUGGCGCUCGGUCCCGGCCCCAGCCCAGCCGUGGGACAGUGCCCAGGCGGUGCCCGGCGCUCCCUAGCCCCCGGGAGGCAGUGUGGGGUCCCGCUGACCCAAAAUAAAUAGUGUUCCCUGGCAGUG